CAGAACAUUAGUGUUAUUAUAUUCCCAAAACCCUUUGAGGCUUGAUCUUCCUUAAACCCUACGCACGCCUUCGUUGUUGUCGUAGACUUUGGAAAUUUUUUCAUUCACAGAAGACGGCGAUGGCGGAUUCUUCAAGCAACUCAAAGGAUCACCACAACACCCGCGUCUACCACCCUUACCAGGACCUCAACGUCCCCAUUCAGAAGCUCUACAACCUCCCCACCGCGCCGGAGCACCUCUUCCCCGAAGAAGCCGCCAGGACCCACCGCUCCUGGGGUGACAACCUCCAGUACUACACCGGCUCCGGCUACCUCGCCGGCGCCAUAACCGGCGCCGCCAGGGGCACCGUCCAGGGCCUCCGCGAGGCCGAGUCCGCCGACUCCCUCAAAAUCCGACUCAACCGAGUACUCAACUCGGGGGGCCUCGCGGGUCGCAGACUCGGCAACUCGCUCGGCGUGGUGGGCCUCAUCUUCGCCGGCCUCGAGAGUGGGAUGACCCACUUAAGGGGCACCGAUGACCUCGUCAACAGCGCCGUCGCCGGACUCGGCACCGGAGCUCUCUAUAGGGCCGCCGCCGGACCCCGAUCCGCCGCUAUUGCCGGUGCGAUAGGUGGGAUCGCCGCCGCCGCAGCGGUCGCCGGGAAGCAAGCUUUGAAAAGAUACGUGCCGAUCUAGGAAACAAUCAGGUUAACGACAAUGGGGAAUGGGGAUGGUGAUACAAAUUAGAUUAAUACUUUGGAAUUAAAAUUGUCUUUUUUUUUAAUCAUCAUAGUUUUUGUUGGUAUUAAUUUCAUAUUGCAGUUGUAAUCACUAAUUUGUAAACCCUCUCCAUAAAUUCAUGUAUUUAGUUUUAAAGCACUGAAGUGACAUGGAUUUUUAUAAUUAUUGUUUAAUGUAUCUCUUGUGGUCCUCUAGAGGUUGCUAAA